UUAAAAUGGAGAAUUUUCAAACAGGAAUAUCUGAAUGUAUUCAGCACAUGUCAGAGUCGGUGUUUGGUGGACUGUGUCUGAUAUUAGGAACCUCGCAACAGGUGGCCAUCAGGAGGGAGACUACAGACAUUGAGGAGAUGGUGCUUAGAGAACUAGGAAGAAGAACUGACUUCACAGACUUUUACGUGAUGCUCAGUGGAAGCCGUAAAGAAGGAUUUAGACUCGAAGGUUCAGAUACUGAUGUCAUGGUUUGGCCCACUUUCUUCAAAGUUAUUAGUGAAGUGUCACUGUUUCAAUUUUACCGCACAUCAGAUACCAUCUUAUUUCUCUCUGACUGUACCAAAAGUCCACCAGGAUUCACUUUACUGCAGGGACUAACGCCAAACAAAAAAUACCUAAGCUUCGAUGAAUUUGGAUUAUUUCCAAGAAUGAACGAACAAUUUUAUUUUUCUUGUUCGGUAUUUAAAAAAAUGAUUUGUUUAGCGGACCCUUCUUUCUUUACUGUUCAUGGUCCCUGUGCUGCGAUCGUUCAUCAAGGUAUAGAUCUUGAUUUAGCGGUUUGUCUUACUUGUGACGUUUGGCCUUCGUCUGCCUCAUCAUGGAAAGAUAGAUGUAAAUCAUGAAGUUGUCAACGACAUAAUUAGAGGCGGUUGUUACUUUGUAGCUAUAGGACAUCCAUUAGGACGUCACGAAGAUAUAGAAUGGAAAAUAUCUUUUUCCCAGGCAGAGCAGAAAUGUGUGUAUGCCAUGAACCAUUGUCAGUUUUUGACAUAUGGUUUGUUAAAACUUUUUUUGAAGGAAGUUUUCAAUCAUCAAGUCGAGGAGCAAAACAAGUUGCUUUGUUCUUAUCACAUGAAAACAGCAGUUUUUUGGGCCAUUCAACAGAACAUACUUCCGUUCUGGCGUCCACAAAAUAUGUUGGCUGGUUUCUGGGUCUGCAUUAAACUCCUUCUGAAAUGGGUGUAUGAAGGAAUUUGUCCAAACUUUUUUAUUCCACAAAACAACCUCUUUCUUUAAAAAAUGUAUGGGUCUGCACAAAGAAGUUUGUUUCUUCGACUUCAUAAACUGUACACAAAAGGACUAUCCUGUUUAUUACAAUGCUCCUCUAUAAGGUCUUUCAUCAUCAAUGUCCUAUGCAAUCCGAGACUAUCGAUUUGCAUAGAUGAAAAUAUAUGGAGAUGUGAAGUUGAAUGUGAUGAAGAGCUUUUUAAUGUGUCAAACAUUUCAAAUCAAUUUUAUCGGGGCCAACAUCUAUUUGGAAAAUCCCUAUGUCUGCUAGAACAGUUGAUACAUUUACCAUUAACACACUAUCAGGUCGUCCAAAUACAGAAGCUUGCAGUCGACUAUUUACAGAAUACAGCUGCUUCUUUAUUACACAAAAUUUACAUUGCACCAUGUUUAAACAAACGGAUGUACAUUGUUUAUAAACUAUGCGGUCAAAUGUUAAGGUUCUCGGCCAAGUUCGGGAGUGUUUCUGACAUGCUGUAUGUAGUUAUGUUUUACUACAAAACAUACAGAUUCAGAAACGCUUUACAUAUUCUAGAGAUUACAAAGACGAAGUUAAUGCGUCCAUUUUUGAUGUAUAAUAGCCACGUAAAUAGAGAGAUGUAUACUGAGGCAGUAGGGGGUAAGUCAUGGUCUAGAAAAAGGAGAGAGGCAGUUGCACUUGAUAUAAAAUUUAAGAACACAGUAAUUUAUAUCGAUGAAUUUGUACCAGUACAACAGUUUGCUCGACAGAACGGGAAUUCAGAUUUAGAGAUUCCAGUGUUUGUGUUCUUACACUUUCUUGAGUUUUUGUGCUACAGACAUAUUAA